ACCAUCGAGGGUCGCUCCGGCUGCUAUAGUCUAACCCUUCCUCCGGCUCCUCUCGCCCCCACCGCAACCCACGUUUAGAACCCCGCGCCCCCCCCCCCCCCCCCCCCCCCUCUCCGAAUCGCGAGGGUGAAAGGCCACGAAAGAUCAGGCCUCCUCCGACUCCGAUUCCAAUUUCCAGAAAGAAAAGAGGAUCGAAGGAAAAAAAAGGGUACAGUGAGAGAGAGAGUAGCUCUCGCCCGGGUUCUCGGCAAGAGAAUAGAAGUUUUCUUUUAGUCAUCAGUUGCCAGCUCAAAAGGGUAUCUCCAUGGAUCGCACGACGAGCCCCCGCCGUCCUAGAUUUCUGAUAGACGGAGAAGGCGAUCCGAGAUGCGGAUAAAUCCCAAUUCAACAAUCCACAAGCGCACGUCCUCCAGAGAUUUCACGAGCGCCGUCGAUCGCAGCGAUUUCAGCUCAGCCCGUCUAUUGAAUGCCAUGGGGGAAACUACAACUAAUCCUUCGUGGAAGCUCUCCUUUCCUCACAUUUGCGUCGCAAUCAUUUCGUCCUUCUUGUUUGGUUACCACCUCGGAGUCGUGAAUGAGCCGCUCGAGAGCAUUUCUGCAGAUCUUGGUUUUGCAGGGAAUGCCUUGGAGGAAGGACUUGUUGUUAGCAUGAGUCUGGGUGGUGCCUUCAUUGGGUGCUUGUUUAGUGGUUGGAUUGCUGAUAGUUUUGGGCGCCGUAGGGCAUUCCAGCUCACUGCAUUGCCUAUGAUAAUUGGAACUUCUAUCAGUGCAUCAGCGGCCAGUCUGCAGGGUAUGCUUUUUGGUAGAUUUUUAGUUGGAAUAGGGAUGGGUAUAGGUCCGCCUGUUGCUUCUCUUUACGUGACAGAGGUUUCUCCUUCUUUUGUUCGGGGCACUUAUGGAAGUUUUAUUCAGAUUGCAACAUGUCUUGGACUCAUAGGUGCUCUUUUUAUUGGAAUCCCAGUUAAGGAAGUUGAAGGAUGGUGGCGAGUCUGCUUUUGGGUAUCCGUCAUUCCUGGUGCUCUACUUGCACUUUGCAUGGAAUGUUGCGCCGAAAGUCCUCAUUGGCUCUAUAAGCAUGGCAAAAUUGUCGAAGCUGAAGCUGAAUUUGAAAGACUGUUGGGAGGACCCCAUGUUAAACCAGCAAUGACAGAAUUAUUACGUUCAGACAGAGGGGAUGAUGUAGACAUAAGUUUUCUAGAAUUGCUUCAUGGUCGCCAUUUCAGAGUUGUUUUUAUCGGAUCAACGCUAUUUGCUUUACAACAGCUAUCCGGCAUAAAUGCUGUAUUCUAUUUCUCUUCGACCGUCUUUAAAAGUGCAGGGGUGCCCUCAGACAUUGCCAAUAUGUGUGUAGGAUUUGCAAAUUUAUCAGGGUCAAUAAUUGCGAUGGUUUUGAUGGAUAAACUAGGAAGAAAGAUGCUACUUUUUGGGAGCUUUAUGGGCAUGGCUGCGUCAAUGGGAGUUCAGGCCACCGCAGCUAGUAUUUACAUUCCUAUCUCUGGGGCUUUAUACUUAUCAGUCGGUGGAAUGUUGUCAUUUGUCCUGUCAUUUGCAUUGGGAGCUGGCCCAGUCCCAGGUCUGCUUUUACCAGAAAUUUUCCCCAGCAGAAUCCGAGCAAAGGCUAUGGCUGUAUGUAUGUGUGUUCAUUGGGUGUUGAAUUUUUUUGUUGGUUUGCUGUUUUUGCAACUGUUGGAGCAACUGGGGCCACAAGUCCUGUACUCUAUUUUUGCAACAGUUUGCCUCAUAGCAGCAGUUUUUGUGAGGAGGAAUGUGGUAGAAACUAAAGGCAAAUCACUCCAAGAAAUCGAAAUUGCACUCCUCCCACCUGAGCAGAGGUAAAGAUAUGCAUCAUACCAUAAGCAUGCUGACAUUUGGGCCGUCUAAUUGCACUAAUCAGUGGUAUUGAUGCCAUGAUAUAAGCAAGCAAAAACAUGAUGCUUGCCUUGGGAUCUGUAAAUAUAAUACUUGCUAUAAGUUUAGGGGCUGGAAAGGGUGUUUCUUUUUGUUGCAUGUGUUCUUCAGUGGAUUGAUUCCAAUUGCAGAUGCAUGAGAUUAUUCGGACUAUUUGAAUGGUUUCCAAUUUUUUCCUUUUUUUCAGUUUUUCUUUUGCCUGCGUGCAUGGUAGAAAAAGAAAAAUGGUUUCUUGCAGUUAUCCUAUGAUUUUAGUGUAUUUAUCCCUCCUGCAAGUUAA